AUGAAUAUUCUCGAUUUACAGAUUGAAAGAGUCUCUCAAGAUGAAAGUGAAAAGUCAAAACAGUUGGUUUCUGAGCUGGAGGAGCUGUCUAGAAGUACAGCGAAAAGGGGCAUAGUCAAGAAAUACACCAACAUUAUUGACGGUACCGAUGUGCAGAUCUCCAGCUGGAGAUUCAACGAGUGGGACUACUCUUCCAAGAAAGUGAAGCUGCCCAUUUAUGCGAGAGGUCUAUUCACGGUUGGUGAUCGCAUAGUUUGUCGUGGAUACGACAAGUUCUACAACGUCGACGAGCUUGGUUCAGUCUCGAGAAAAGCGUUACAGGAAACCACCACCGGCCCGUACACCCUGACAGUGAAAGCCAACGGAUGUAUUGUUUUCAUUUCUGGCCUUGAGGACGGCACACUAGUUGUGUGCUCAAAACAUUCGACCGGUUAUCGUGAUGACCUAACUCGUAACCACGCAUUGGCUGCACAGGCUUCUUUGAAAAGACAGCUCGAAAAAAAUGACAUUGAUUCAACGGAACUUGCAACGACUCUCCACCAGCUGGGAAUAACGGCAGUGGCAGAGUAUUGUGACGACUCGUUUGAAGAGCAUAUUUUAGAGUACACGCAAGAAAAAGCUGGAUUGUACUUACACGGACUUAAUUACAACACCCGCAGUUUCAAAACCUGUUCCAUGGAUGUGGUGACCAGAUUUGCACGUGCCUUUGGCUUCAAGACGAUUGACUAUUUCGAGGUCCCCACCUUUGAAGAGACUAUGAAGAUUUUGGAAAAGACCAACGAAAGUGGACUUCACAAUGGAGAAGAAAUAGAAGGAUUUGUUGUGAGGUGCCAGAAAGACAGCUCUGACUUUUUUUUCAAGUACAAAUUCGAAGAACCAUACCUACUCUACCGGGAGCUGCGUGAGGUGACCAAGCAAUACCUGAAUAAAGGCCUUGACAAUGUUAGCUUCAAAAAACACAAGCUAAUCUGCAUGGAUUAUCUGAAAUUUGUGAUUCCGUUGUUUGAUGCUGAUCCAUCGCUCAAGGAAAAUUAUCUGAAAGACAAAGGGAUUGUCAAGUUGCGGAAGCUCUACAUGGAGAAUAAGCAAAAAUCCGGCUCUGAAAUCAUCAAGGAAGAACAGUCCAUGGAAAAACUAGAAGAGGAGCUGAAGUGUGCGGGCUACGGCCAAGAUACGUGUAAAUAUGUUCUAGUCACUGUGGCGACAAUCGGUUGUGGCAAAACAACAACAUCGAUGACAUUGGCGAACCUGUUUCCUGAUCUUAUUGGCGUCGUCCAAAGUGACGACAUUCCAUCUCCAAUAAAAAAUAAACAGGUAGCCAAAUGCCUGGAAGUUUUGGUAGAAAAGCCAAUUGUGAUCCUUGACAGAAACAACCACAAAUUGAUCGAAAGACAACAGACGUUUGAGUAUUUUGCGGACCUCAACAAACUGAUUCCGACGUCAAAGCUCAAAUUCAUCUGUUUGAACUUUCUAGGAAAUAUGUCUAAAACUGACCCAGAACUUUGGGAGAUUACCAGAGCGCGCGUUUUGGAAAGAGGAGAUAACCACCAGAGCAUCAAAGUUGAACGCGAUGGGGCUUUCAAGGCCGAGAUGAUCAUGAAAGGUUUUCUGGGAAGGUUCCAACCUGUUGAAGAAGACAAGUUUCCUGACUCAAGAUUCGAUCACAUUAUCGAUCUUAAAGUGGACAAAAACUCCUCGUUGGAAAACGCCAAAGUCAUAGCUCGCAGAUUAGCAGAAAUCGCAACCGACUUAAAUCUGCAGUAUCCGAGCGACGAACAAUUCUUAGAGGCUUAUCAGAAAGCUCUGGAGUUCAAACCCGUGGUGACAAAGAAUUUCAAGACUAAAAAAGAGAAACCACAGUAUUUUGGCAUACAAGUUAACGAUAUUGACAAAUUAACUCAAAUCCAGGAGAUUGACUUCUUCGAAGAGUUGCAGAAGGCCAAUCGAGUCAAAAAAGAGUUCCACAUCACGCUGAUUCACGUUGGAUCUACCAAGAAAAAUCCUCCAAUGAAGACAAUUUACCAACACUAUUGCGAACUAAUUAAAGGUAUGGAGAAGGUAAACGACCAUAUGGAAUUGCCAUACAAGGCGGACGCGAGACUUGUCCGGAUAUGCUGGAACUCCAGAGUAAUGUGCAUCGAGGCAGAAGUGAAGCGGAUCUAUGGGGAGGAAGGCGAGCGCUUGGAUAGUUUGGGCAUAGGAAAUAAAUAUCCACACAUCACAGUGGGGACUAUCUCAGAAAAGGUGCAGUCUGUGGAAUCAAACAAGCUGCUUUCAGAUUUGCAUGACUUUGGGGAUGAAAAUAUUAAUACACUGGACCUGAAUAUAGAGUUCAAUCAGCUACCCGUUUUCGUCCACUAUUGAGAAACGAUAAUUUGGAGGAUGCUGUUAACUCUAUCCAAAAUGUCCACCAAUGGGUCGAGUAGCUCGACAUUUUUAGAGAUAGAAUUGAGAUGUUUAUCCAACGUGUUCAUAGACUCGCUGAAGUCCGGGUCUGUAGAGGGGUCGUAGCCAUUAGACUCGGUGCUUGCCAGGUUCAAGUGUUCAGCAGAUCCGGUGUCCGAGAUUUGUAAGUCGUCUGCCAGUUCAGCGUAGGGCAGAAGAUCCUGGGCCAUGAGUUCCUCCUGGUGAUGUACUGAUUUCCUGAACUGCUCAAGAUACUUUUCCUCGCUAUCGAGCAAGGCUUGUUCUUUCUGCUCCUGAACACGAAGCACCUCCAGUUGACGCAAAUUCGCGCUAAAAUUGGCUUCCAGCCGCAUGUUUUCUUCAUCCAGUUGCUCCUGAUCGAGCAGGCGCUCUUUUAGCUCUCCAGGAAAUCGUGCAACCCGCAUUUUCUUGGCAAGAGGCUUCACAAUUGUGUCCUUCACCAGUGUUCUAAAAGCUAGUCUUUCUUUGUUGCGUCUGAAUGGAAUCUGUGAGAUGCUUUCCUCAACAUAGAGGUUAAGGAUGGUGUCCAGAUAGGAGGACACGUUUGGCGAGAGCGGUGUCCAUUUGGUCCUCAUACUUUUUUUCGACACCAUUUGCGUGAAUGUGUGGAUCUCAUCGAUCCCGCGUUCUGAUUCGGAACCAGUGUCGGGUGCCAGAGACUCAGACUUAUGUUUCUGUCUUGCUAUGCGCUGGUUUCGUGCCUUUUUUGGGGAAGGAGGCGACUUCUCGUCGUCACUAAAUAUUGUUUGCGAGUCCUUCACCUGUGAUCUGUCAUCGUGGAUGACACUAGAGGACACACUCCCGGAAGUGGCGCGUUUUUUCUUGAAAACUGGCUUGUCCAAAUGCUUGAGCUUUUUGAUCCGCGUGAUGGCAG